UCUACUGUCUACUGUCAAGUAUGUUUACAGAUUUUUGGAGAUAAUAGGAAACAAAUGGUUUGUGAUGUGAUCCACACAGGUCAGCCAUCGGUCCCAAAGACUGAAAUUCGUGACAAGUUAGCCAAGAUGUAUAAAGUAACUCCGGACGUAGUAUUCGUUUUUGGAUUUCGUACAAGUUUUGGAGGAAGCCAAUCCAAAGGUUUUGCUUUAGUUUACGAUUCUUUAGACCACGCCAAGAAAUUUGAGUCAAAAUAUAGAUUAGGCAGACAUGGCCUUUAUGAAAAGAAGCAGCAGACCAGAAAGCAGCGCAAGGAACGUAAAAAUCGUACCAAGAAAGUUCGCGGCAUGUGUUUUUUAUCAAUUCAAUUAUAUAUUUCAGAUUUUUGGAUGCAAAUGACAUCCACCACCAUGUUAUUACACAGAAAUUUUUAA